UUAGGGGAUUAUUCAACCCGGUUUGUGCUAUCGGGUCACUCAGGGACAAUUUCGCAAAGCCCUAGCCCCUGUCACUUCCCCGGAAGAAAGAAAGCUUGAAGCUCUGUGGUUUGGAAGACAGCGAAGCAACAAUGGAAGGUGGAGGUGCCGGUGCCGUUGGAGACGAAGGAGCGAUCGACAGAGUGGUGGACUCGAAGGACAUGCAGCAGCAGAGCAAAGCCCUCGACAAGCUCACCGACCAUGUAGAAGAUCGCCAGCUCAAUUCCACCCGCGUUCAAGAGGCUAUGGCAUCGAUUGCCGCUGCUAAGGAAGCCGAUUUGAAUGCUAUGCGAAUGAGGGAGAAAGAACUAGCUGCGGUUAAGAUCAAUGCUGCUGAUGUUGACAUUAUAGCAAGUGAACUAGAGUUGGAUAAGAAGGUGGCCGAAAGAACUCUGCGAGAGCACAAAGGUGAUGCUGUAGCUGCCAUCCGACACUUGCUUCGCUAGAAAGCAUUUCAGCUCCAAAAGUCUGAGGAGUUUUUGAAGUUCCAUGUCAGAUUCUCAUCGUGUUGGCUUACCCAUUUUCAUUUACAAAGUGCAGCAUGCUUUCCAGAUAUUAGCUCUUAAGUCUGCAUACAUAGUGCAAUUGCAACUUCUUCGGCCCAUGCGAAUGGACUCAUGAAAGGACGUUAUUUGUAUUUCGUUUGUGAAAUAUUUUAUGUUCCCCAGAUAUGGGAAUUGAAUUGGAUUAACAUCUAACCUAGUGUUCCUUGAAAGAUUGGAAAAUAUUCAGAUUAAACAUCUGAGUGGAAGGCUAAUGUUACUUAAAAAGUUAUCAGGAUUGUGCUAUAA